AUGGUAACAUAAUGCACAGUAGGUGGAGGGAGGAAUGGGCGUUCACGGUAGCGGAAGUGAAGCACACACAAUCAGGAUCGGAAGUAAUUCCGGUGUGCGAACGCUACGUUGGCAUUGGUAGCCGAUCUGCUGAAUAAUAAUUGGCGUUCGAUGCAUUUACAGGGACACGAUUGUAAAGCGUCAAUAUUUUUCCGGAUGGAAUGAAAACGUCAGUCGGUUGCUUUGCUUUGUGAUAUAGCAUUCGUUCAGUAUUUACUGUGGAUCUAUGUCUGUGAACUUGGUCGUGUUUAGUUACAUGUAGUACGUAUCAAAGACAAAAAAUGGGCUGUUCACCUAGUGUGCCGUCGUGCAAGAAGGGUGGCAUUCGAUUAAUGGCUACGAAGUUCGCUUUUACCAAGGGUCAACUGUAUAAUCUGAACGCGUAUUUCCACAAGCUGGUCGAUCAGGCUCAGAAUGAUUCCCUGAAUGUUUCUGCGAUCGAAGCUGUUGUGGAGAGUUUGAUUCAACGUUUGAUGCUGGGCGCUGGUAAUUUGGAUCGAAGGUUUUCAUCCAUGUUCCUUGUUUCGCUAAACGAGCCUCGACGGAUAAAACAACUUAGAUUCGAGUACCUUUUACGAAUAGAUGAAUUGUCGAGCCCGAGUGCAAGUUCCGAGGUGGAAGUCUCGAGGGUAAGCGUGGAGGAAGAUACUUCUCUUCCAGGUUUCAUUCGGUUAAAGCUGCUUCCCGCUGGAACAGAGUUUUGGCAUGAGUAUAUGGAUGCUGCUGGGAGAUUGAGAAGGGACCUUGUGAAAGCCAAAUUAGCAAAUUUGUUGGCCACAGCCAUAAAGCGAGACGUUGCAAAUGUAAUGGAGGAGCAGAGUUGCGUUUCACCGGGUCAAGUGGUCGAUGCCGAGGUUCUCGACAAGAUACUGAAGCAACCAGACGACUGUCGAAUAUUUUACGGAACAGCCGUCUCGGAUGGACCGUUACGGGAAGCGAGGAACCAUCGAGUGGCCAUGAUAGAGGACGCUGGCGGAAUACUGCUCAGAAUUGCUUUGAAUGGACUCAAAGCUCGAGAGGUUGAAGUUAGACUGUUAAUUGGUAUCGGUAUAUCGUCGUGGCCCAGUUUGGCUGACUAUCCACGAAGAAUACCUCUCUACCAUUGUGAUGCUCUUCUCCAUUAUACCGUCGCUCAAAGUGGAAUGUACGCCGUGGCCGUUGGACCAUACUCUGGUGCACGCUGCGAGAACCGAGCAACCCUCUGGAGGGUACGUUUUCCGGCAGCUGAGAAAAUUAUGAGUCAACAGUACGCCGCGGACAGUGUACCUGCCCUUACGGAAUCUGUGCUGCUGGAAAUUUUGUACGAACUACGCGAAGGGCGCCAUACGAAUGUACCGAUGAAAUCAAAGACAACACGAAAGGGUGUCUCUUCGACGCAGGAUCGUUUACGAGUGGUAUCUAGACAUAUUAUGAGAACGGUGCAUCGAUGGUCCCUGGAAAGAACAGGACCAGAUCCAUUGACGAGCUGGUCGCCCGACACCCUUUCGCGACACGUUUUGUUAGCGUUGGACGAGUUAGUCGCUGCUCUGAAAUGCCAGAACCUGAGGUGUUACUUUCAUCCACGGUGCAACGUGAUGCUACAAUGCGCGCGAGGCGGCAUAGUGCAUCACGAGGAUUCCUACGUCUCCGACUGCAGACUGCUCGAGUCGUACUUGGAGACGCUCCAUUAUCGUUCCUUUUCCAUGACACGGGACGUGCCCAGACCUUUGGACGUUAUGGAAAGCGAGCUCAUUGUCAGAUGGCGAGACGUCAUGACCUCGCUUCCUAGAGGAAUCCCGAGCCAGGAUCAUGGAUAUAGCCCGAGACAACUGGAAUAUUUCAGUUUGAUCCUCGAGCAAGUGUUGCUAGCAAACAACUCUUCGUUGCAGAAUCACUCGGAUAACUGUUCCUAUUUGAAUUACACGGAAUUGUCUUACCACGCGAUGGAACACGUGGAGAACCUGGUAUACCUGUUGAGACUAGUUUUAACGCAGGCUAGGGAUCAAAUGUACGCGAUGAGGAACCGUGGAAUGCGAGUGCGUCAAAUAUGUAGGAAAGAGAAACGCUACAACACCAACAGCCAAUUUGAUUAUGCUGUUGAACUCUUGAUCGACAUUGUCAGGAAGGACGGAGAAACGGCCAAUAUGGAUCUGGAAGCAUAUCCAAUAAUGACUAAAAUGCUUCUACAUUGGUUACAUUUCGGUAUGGACUACGAUCGGAAAGUCCUCGAGCCAAUCUUGCGGCCGUAUCUGAACAAUCUUUUCAACAGCCUCCACGAGCAUUGUUGGUGUGCAGCGUCUUGGAAGAAAAGGCGAGAAAUUUACGCCUCGGAGAUGCAGUCAUUGGCAAAAUUUUGUAAAUCUGUGAUAAGUCAGGAGGUGUCACCCGCCACUGGGAUCGUAGAGUAUCUAUCCGAGGGCUGGUGCUGGGCAGAGAGCAUGACGAAUAUGAUUGAACGUUCAGGAAAUUGUCUGCGGCUGAUCUUUUUCUUCCGAGGCAAAACGAUUAGAUACAAUUUAACGUUUAACGAGAAUAAGGGACUCAGCUCGUUCUCCACGUGGAGCAAAGCUAGGAGCGUCAGCGGUAUCGCGAGAAGGAAAAGAGUGAACUCGAGAGCUAGCGAGAUCCUUGAUUCUCUGUUAGAGUCACGACGAGGAACUUUCAGGGGAAAGAAAGGCGUUGCAGGAUAUACAGAGCUGAGGGACGUCAGCCCUUUGACGUAUGUCGUGAUGAUGAGCAGAUCGCGCGCUCGACAGCGUGGCCCUGCUGAUUUGAUCUCCGCCAUGGUCUCUCUCGGAAAAUUCAGGGUUUUGCAGGAGCUAGCAGCUCUUUUGCCUGGAAAACAGCAAGCGGUAAUGUUGGAUACGAUACAACGGGUCGCCAGGGAAUCCUCUCGUCGUUCGAGCAAGUUCAUCUGCGUGGAUGAAACGGAUGCACCGAGGCAAAUUUACAGACCGAGGUCGGAAUCGGAUCUAUUGGAUUCACCCGCACGAUUAUCGCCAGGCGUUGGGGAACGUCGCAUCGUCGCGGAACAUCAGAAGCAGCUGGAAAAGGAAAUGCAAGAAAUGCACGAUACUUUGAGGCGCAACGCGCUCACGAGACAGCGUCUCUGCGUCUGGGAUUCCUAUUCGGUAUCGUCUUGGAGCUCCUCGAUCGAUUCUUUCGCGGGAACAAUAACGCUCAGAAAAUAUCGUGCUCCUAUAUGGGACGCCAUCAAAGGAAGCACACCGGCACGGGUCAGCCCCCGCUCGGAUCGUAAUAUAGCGAAAAAUACGUCCGAAGAGAUGAUCAGCCGAGAGGAGUCACCUACCUGGAACACGCUCGACUCUCGACGGAAGCUGGACGACACAGAGUCGAAGAAUGGAGACGAAUUGCCAUCUUGGGACACGCUCGAGGCGACUCUGAAUAGAAGGCUGUGUAAUUACGGCAACGCCCUGCCAGGAUCCUUGGAAACAGAUGAAAGUAUUGGAGGGAAAGCACGCGAUGAUGCAACGUGAGAGAUCCUCUCGAAGGAGUAGCUGCAUCGAAGAAAAUGAAUUUUUCAUCUCGAGACGAAUUCGUCGUGAAAAUUGUUCCUGAAUACAUCUUCGUGUUUCAGUAUGUCAGAGAUAUGUUUGAUGCAGUUCUUUCAAGAUACACUUGCAUCGAUUUUCAUGUUUGCUCGACGUCUUCGACUCGUCGAUUUAACGCGCACUUUCGAAAACGCCAAAUAAAUAUUUUCCUUGAAAGAUAUUUAGCAGCCAUCGAGUUUCGUCGCUUGCUCAGACCGUCGAUGAAAGUUGAGGAAACUUAUUUCUCGUAGAUAGAACCGGCAACUUCGAGAGCGUUCUCGUUGGUUCUUAAGUAGGUAUAUAAUAGUUACAAGGUGGCUGUCGUAAAGCUCGACAAAGUUGGACAAGUGGCUGGAUCCUCGUCUUAAAUUUUAAUCUACACUCGAAAGCAAGGAGGAUAUUCGUUCAGACCUCGCAAGCUUCCUAUUUUGACCCGUCGUUAAUUAAUGACGAUGACAAAGGCUGCUUGUAAUUUUGCGCAUAAGACUAGUAGGUCGACCGAUUUUGAUAAAUUCGACGAAGGUAAAACUUGUUUACAACCUCCCAUCAAUCUCUACCACCUACGGCUACUCCGUGAUCGUAGGUUUUUAUUAAGGAUCCCUCGGCACGCUGAGCUUUUCUCGAAGAAGCCUUCCUGUGUAUACUCGGACUCUUCCUCGGCUUCCACGUAACGUCGAAACUUCCGGAGCGCCUUAAAUUGCGAAAAGAUGUAACGUUACUUUAUCGGCCAGGGUUAUUUGAUUGUACAACGUUUUGUAUGAGACACGAAAUGAAAAAUGAAAUUUGCCAAGGGAAAUUUCGUACACGUUCCCCUUUCAAUUUACCGCGAACGAUGCGCUUGUCAAUAAAAUGCUUGGAAACUUUCCUCAAGAGUCGAGUCGGCUGUCGCACGAUCGAAGAGUGAAUUCGAAGGUGAAAUUGCCGAGUGACGAAGAGAACGAAAAGAAAUUGUUGGAAACAGCUAAAUUUUCUUUGAGAUAAAACAGAUUUUCAAUUAUGUAAUAACGCGUAUGGGUCAAGUUCAUGGACGAUUAAAGUCCCAGCUGGUAGAUGGUAGAAAGUUUCCAAUUGCUUUCUCGCGUGGACAUACGGGAAAGUCAGUUCGAUAGCGACUGGUUAACGAUUUAACGCGAAUCCGGGAAACGCGAGGACCGGGGAGUAAUUGGAAGCAGGCAGCGGAGACACUCCACGAGCGCGCGAUUCGAUUGACCGAAUUUAAAAAAGCCCGAGUUUACCAAUGCCCUGGUAAUUGGCAAUUAAAGUCCUCGGAAUGAGCAACAUUGUUCGACCUCUAUCAAUGAGUCAUUGAGCUUCAGCCACGCGAGCUCUGAUCGAAUGAAUUCUAGUGGCCCGCUAAACCUCUUCCAUUUGUUGUAUUAUUUUUUUCUCUUGUACUA